UAAAAUGGUGUGGACAAAGAGAUACUUGGAGAUACUCUGAAAUUAAUUAUCACUAUCAUGGUUUUGUGUGCAUUGCCUUUUCUUUGCCAAACUUGGCAGGUUAAGUUGGUCAACAUCAACAAUAUCGCUACCUGUGGUGCUUCUAAAACAUGAUUAUCAGGUUCCCAACUCUGUUGGUGACCUUUGUUCGUACACACUCUUGGUCGAAAUACAGUAUCAGUAUUUGUUAUCCAUUCAGCUGAUCUGUCUGUCAGUGUGCUCCAUAGUGGCUGACCACCAUGGCACUGAAUAUCCCUGGUGUGGUUGCGGUGGUGGUGUUCUACAUCCUUAUUUUGGGGACAGGGGUGUGGGCCGCCCGAAAGUCCAGGCAGGCUGAGAGGAAGAGCCAUGGAGACAGGACCGAAGUGGUGCUCCUUGGAGACAGGAAUAUCAGCUUGCUGGUUGGGGUUUUCACCAUGACUGCUACGUGGGUCGGAGGUGGUUUUAUCCUGGGUAUAGCUGAGGCAGUGUACACUCCUAAAAUGGGUUUGAUAUGGGCUCUUAUGCCUAUACAGUACUCUGUGUCUUUCAUAAUAGGUGGUCUCUUCUUUGCCAAGCCAAUGAGGGACAAGAAGUAUAUCACCAUGAUGGACCCAUUUCAGAUUAAGUAUGGCAGAGUACUGAGUGGCGCUCUAGUACUGCCCUCUGUGCUGGUGGAUGUGCUAUGGGUGUCCUGCACUCUGCUUGGCUUAGGAGCAACUAUGAGUGUGAUACUGGACUUGCCCUAUGUUUAUUCUGCUUGGAUCUCGUCAGCUGUGGCCAUCGUCUACACUUUGUUAGGAGGCCUUUAUUCUGUGGCUUACACUGAUGUCAUCCAGCUCUCUCUAGCUUUCUUCAGUUUGUGGCUGUGUGUUCCCUUCCUUCUGCUCAGCCCUACAUCUGCAAACAUUGCCCACACUGCUUUCAACCACACAUUUCAAGAACCCUGGAUCGGCACUCUGGAGCAGGACAAAGUUUGGAAGUGGAUUGAUGACUUUCUAAUGCUGGGUCUUGGCAGUGUCUCAUUUCAGAGUUUCCACCAGAGGACGCUGUCUGCCUCCUCAUCACGAACAGCCCAGUUAACUUGCUACGCUGCUGCUCUUGUCAUUGCUAUACUGGGAAUCCCCUCCAUUUUGGUCGGGGCUGUCGCUGCCUCCACAGACUGGAACCUGACGCUGUACGGCUCUCCACCUCCACAUUUACGUGGUGAACACAGUUUGGUCCUUCCCCUAACCCUACAAUACCUCACUCCAUCUUACAUCUCAAUCAUUGGAAUUGGAGCUGUGGCUGCUGCUGUCAUGUCAUCCACAGACUCUGGCUUGUUAUCUGCAACUUCUGUUUUCUCGUCAAACAUCUACAAGAAUGUCCUGCGUAAACAGGCUUCAGACUAUGAAAUGCAAUGGGUGAUUCGUGUCACAGUGGUGGUGGUUGGUCUGGUCGGGACAUCCAUAACGUUCUACACCAACAGCACCCUGGUCCUCUGGAUUCUUGGAGCAGACAUUUCCUACACCCUUAUGUUCCCACAUCUCGUCUCUGUGCUUUUUUUUAAAGUGACAAAUGGUUAUGGUGCCAUGGCGGGCUACGUCAUAGGGUUGACUGUAAGGAUUCUGUUGGGAGAAAACGCUGUAGGGCUUCCUGUUGUUCUUCAUCUUCCCGGUUGCACGUUGGAAAAUGGCAUCUAUGUCCAAAAGUCCCCUAUCAGAACAGUGUCCAUGCUCUGCACCCUGAUAACCAUCUUAUUUUUUUCUGCACUGGCUUUGUUCAUGUUCAACCAUGGCCUGCUGCCUGAAAGGUGGGACAUUUUCAAAGUAAAACAUAACAUUACUGUAUCACCAGCAGAUGCUGUCCCACAAAAUAUCAAAGACGAAGCUGGAAGUGAUGCUGAGUGUGAUGAUAACCAACAUGGAGUUGCCUUACAGCCAAUGUUGCAGACUGAAUCGUAACCUUUUGUUUUUUCCUUUUGUUAAGCUGCUGGCCUGCUUUUUAUUAUGAUCCUAAUAACUGCGUCCUUUUAGAGAAACUGCAAGUUGAAGUUGUUUUCACUUGAAGUGGCUAACUGCUAAUGGUUGCUGAUGAGGUAUUUUUCACUCUUAGAAACUUUUAUUUUCCUUCACUGUAAAUAUACUGUAUGUUGUAAAUAUAUUUUGUCUUUUGAAAGUUACAUGAAAAGGUGAUUAUCUCAAAAAACUGGAGAUCACACAAAAUACAAAAGGUAUCAUACUUUCAA